GAUCGAUCAGAUUACUGGUGUAAACGAAAACAUCUUCUCUCGUCAGCCUUCCACAUAUUCACAUCCCCAAAUCAGUCCUUUAUCAUUCAGUUAUAUUCCUUCUGCUUCAUUCCCGUCGUAGAUUCUGGGACGCCGACAGUCGCCGUCGUCCGUCAAAUGCCGACGGCGUGGAUCAAGUCGAUGCAUUGCAAAAGUAACGCCCUAGACGACGUUGUCUACCCUUCACGCUCGUCCUAUUCCGACAAGAAGUCGCUCCUCUCCUCCGUCUCCUGCGGCAACUCCUCGCGCGUCGUCCAGGACAGCGUCACGCGCUCCUCCAUGAAGAAGCCUAAGUCUGAGCCCAAGCGGAGCCCGGCACGGUCCUGCCCCACGCCGGCUCCGGCCAUCGUGCUCCCCGGCCACUUCCCCUCCCUCUCGGAACUCCCCCGGGGUCACUCCUCCCGCCGGGUUGUCGAGAUCAUAUUCACCUCGAGCUGGUCCCCCGACGCGGCGUUCCCCGGCGAGAUCGAGAUGCUGUUCCGGGUCCGCAACCCGGCUCGCACCGUCACCCGCUUCGAGGAGCACCGCGCCGCCGUCCGCGCCCGGUCCGGCCCCAGCGACUCGCGUUGCGCCGCCGACGGGAACGAGAUGAUGCAGUUUCGCUGCGGCGCAGUCGUCGGCGACGCUGCCGCCGCCGUGGCGUGGUCGUCGGCGGAGCGCAAGGCGGACGGAAUCCGAACCUUCGCCGGAAGCGGAGGCGCACACGAGAGCGGGCUAGGCGGCGGCGGGGCGGGCGGUCGGCGCGCGAUGCUGGUGUGCCGGGUCAUCGCGGGCUGUGUCAGGAGCGAGUUGUCGCCGGCCGCCGACUCGGUGAGUCUGGGGAACGGGGAACUCGUGGUGUUUGAUCCGCGUGCUGUGCUUCCCUGUUUCCUCAUCAUCUACAAGCUCUAAUCUUAAAGCCAAUUAUUGUUUAAUUUCCUCCAAUUUUUCUCACAUUCUUCUCACCUCUCUCUUUCGCUCUAACUCAAGUGACUGUAAAAAAAACUUCUC